CUGACGGUAAGGGUGAAUAAUCAUCACCUCCGAAAACUCACGCUUUUCAGUGACAGACCAGAUCGGGGGUAGCUUAUUGUUUUUUUUUUUGGCAUUUUAUUUUUGAAUUUGCACGCCACGCACCACACCUUGGAGGGUGGCUUCUUGUCGACAGGACUUGCAAAUUGAUAAUUUCUGAAUUGUCAAUUGAAUUGGAGGGGGAAAGGGAUGGCUAUGCGGCUCAGGGGUUGCCCGGCUGAUUAAUUGAAGUAAACCGAGGUAAAGCUAGCGUUACGAUGUGAAAUCAUUAUACCUGGCUGGUGGAAACCUCAGGCACGGAAGCGCUAGAAGACUCGGCGAAAUCACGAACACGUGGCGAGACGUGAAGCGGGCUUUUAGCCUGCUGUGCGUGAAGACAUUCUCCGACGGCAGUACAAUGCUGGAGGCGCCACCGGGUAGUCGAGAGGAUCUCGUCGAGGCCGCGCGAACUCCCUGCUCACCCUCAGAUCUGGACAGUAUGCUCUACAGCUACACCAAUGGAAUAUAUGUGCUGGAUCAUACGCCCGAAUCCAUGCCGGACAUGGAUAUGCUACAACUAUUCGCAUCACCAGCUGGUCGUGCCCUGGUAACAGCCGAUAACCACAGACGGCGUAGAGGUCCAACCUCGACGUCCUCAUUGUCGAGGGAGCCGACAUCGCGAUCGAAAAAUUCCAGGAGAAAUACAGCGACGAGUAGGUCCAUUGGUACACCGAGCCCACCCGCUAGACAGAGAAAAUCCAGUACCGAGCUUUACAAGGAGGCUGUCGAGAUACUCGGGCUCACAUGUUCCCUCACCGACAGCUGCCGAUGCAUCGAGUGCCAAAGCAAUUACUUCGACUUCGACGACGACUGCGGGGAAUCGAGAUCAGAGCUAGCGGCAGGAACACCAAUACUUCUAGAUCACGCUUUGUCCCAUCCGUUGGCUUGCUCUAUACAGUAGUCGGAGGCUAGCGUCCCAUUGGAGAGAGAUCCGUAGCCCCUAGGAGUCUCGAUCGAUCUGUCAGUGGUUUCUCCGCGGGUGUGGACGAGCCAUUUCUCUGCCUCGAGGACUUUACCCGACUUCUUCAUCCUCUCAUCGGCCUCUCACCCCGUCUCCACCAGUAAGAAGUGCGUCUCGAGUGGAGGAAACUUGUCAAAAUAAAAAUAAAUAAAUAAAUAAAAAUAAGUCGUCGUCGCAGAGGGUGGUACCACGGUGUCCGCGAGGUGCAUUGUCACGCUCGUUUUUUCUUAUCAAUUUGGGAAUGUAUCGACGCGUUGGUUGCCUCAAUAAAUGUCAAAGUUGAAGGGACCGAGAGAAUGAGGAGUGAAUUUCCAGAGGUGGCGAUGACGGAGAUGAAAAUUUCAUUAAUAUCGUGAGAAGUGGCGACUCCAAGAGAAAAAGUCAAUAGAUUUUUUUUUUGUAGGGGCUCAGCUUCUUUACAAAGAAUGCUUAUUGAUAUUUCAUCAUAAAACCACUGGUUGUUGACAUAUUCAAAGAAAUCAUUCAUCUCCGUCUGGUCUUUGCUGAAUAAAACGAGAAGAAAUUUAAGAGAAUAAAUUUCAUGGCCUAUCCCCUCAUGGAACUAUGAAAAAUUCUAAAUAUCUCUAACGCCCAUAAAUCCUAGAUCAAUUAGCCAAUACUCCCUCUCUUCACCUUCCCCUCUCCCCGUUUUUAUACGAUAUGAAGCUUCCCAUUCUCUCUUAUUUUCCACUCCAUUAAAAUUCCCAACAGCUGCAGUACGUGCCAAAAAUAAACGCAAAAAGCCGAAGGAAAUUGAAAGAGAGCUAAAUAAAAUCAAUUCCUCCAAAAAAAGCAAAUGUACAUUAUUAAUUAAAUAAACGAGUGCCAAAUGA